AUGGCAUCAGGGAUUUUAAAUCCUCCUUCAAUUUUACGGUUUUCGGAUGGAUCUCUUGCCUUUUUGCAGGGUAUCAUGGGUCUUGUCAAAGUCGUAAAGAACAAGGCUUACUUCAAGCGCUAUCAAGUGAAGUUAAAGCGAAGACGACAAGGAAAGACUGACUACUAUGCGAGAAAGAGACUCACUGUCCAAGAUAAGAACAAGUAUAACACGCCCAAAUACCGCCUUAUUGUGCGUUUCACUAACAAGGACGUGAUUGCUCAGAUUGCGUACUCUAAGAUUGAGGGGGACGUGAUCGUUGCUUCUGCCUACUCGCAUGAGCUUCCAGCUUUCGGCAUCAAGGUUGGUCUGACCAACUACGCCGCCGGAUACGCUACUGGCCUCCUGCUUGCCCGCCGUCAUUUAAAGAACUUGAAGCUAGAUAAUAGCUUCAAAGGACAAGAAGAUGUCAACGGUGAGUUCUUCACCGUAGAAGAGGAAGACGGUCGUUCUCCUUUCAAAGCAGUGCUCGAUGUUGGCUUGGCUCGUACCACCACUGGCUGCAAGGUUUUCGCAGUCAUGAAGGGAGUCGCUGAUGGUGGAAUCGAAGUUCCUCACAGCGAAAACCGAUUCUUCGGUUAUGAUUCCGAAUCAAAGAAGUACGAUGCUGAGGCUCACCGUGACCGCAUCUUCGGAAAGCACAUGUACAAGAAGGGACAUGCUGCUAUUCGCGAGAACCCUGAUCGACGAACACAGCCCUCUAAAAAGGCAGGAGAGAAAAAGAGGUGGAAUGCUAAGAAGAUCACCUUAGAAAAAAGAAAGGAACGCAUCGAGGAGAAAAAGGCUCUUUUGCUUCAACUGAAAGCACAACAAGAAGCAAUGUAA